CGCUAUUGAAUUUAGCGGGGAACCGGCACAGCCGCCUCACAUGGUAAUAGAGGGGCUGUAGGAUUUUAACGCCCGUUCCUGAGGCGCUCAGUCUCGGAUAAUCUGAAUCUGAAAAUGUUGUCUGCUUCCAGAGCAGAGUCUGUUGAAUUAAGCGGCUCUAUCUGGCUUAUUCACUCCCGGCGGUGGGGGCGGGAGCUGUGGCCAAUUCUUGCCUGAUACUCCUGCACGUUGCUCCACGAUCCGUCCGUCUUGUGCCUCCUUUCAAAUCACCCCAACCCUCACAUCUACCCCCCGUCACCUAGUGCAGGAAACUUUAAAUAUAAAUUGUGAGGGGAAGCGGCUGUCCUUUGCCUUUAUCAAAGAUGGUUGCCCGUACUCGCCACAGCAGCUUGCAGCCCGCGGGGCGUUGCCUCCGUGCCUGAUUGACAGCUCCAUAGGCGUGGGUUCGGCUGGCGGAGACUCGUAUCCCAGGAAAGAGAGCGAGAGAAUGGCUCUGGGAGUCUCCGCUUCAAUUCGCAUCGUUCCUACCAUUUUGGACUAAAUCAAAAACCGGUCGCAGGCAGUCCUCACAUUUCCGUUCUCAAAUUGGGCGAUGAACAGCCUAAAUGAAGGGUGAAUGCCAAACUAGAGAGAAAAAUACAAUCAAAAUGACAGUGGAUUUUGAAGAGUGUGUGAAAGACUCCCCUCGUUUCAGAGCGACAAUUGAGGAGGUGGAGACAGAUGUCGUGGAAAUUGAGGCCAAGCUGGACAAGCUGGUGAAGCUGUGCAGUGGGAUGAUUGAAGCAGGAAGAGCGUACACUACAGCCAACAAGCACUUCGUCAAUGGCAUCCGAGACCUUUCCCAACAGUGCAGAAAAGAUGAGAUGAUAUCGGAAUGCCUCCAGAAGUUCGGAGAGAGCUUACAGGAAAUGAUAAACUACCACAUGAUUCUCUGCGAUCAAGCCCAGAGGUCGGUCAGGAUGCAGCUGCAUAAUUUUGUCAAAGAAGAUGUCCGGAAGUUCAAGGAGACCAAGAAACAUUUUGAUAAAGUCAGGGAGGACAUGGACCUGGCGUUGAUCAAAAAUGCCCAGGCCACCCGGAACAAAACCCAUGAGGUGGAGGAGGCGACUGGGACGCUGACCAUGACAAGGAAGUGCUUCCGGCACCUGGCACUUGAUUAUGUUCUCCAGAUUAACGUCCUUCAGGCAAAGAAGAAAUUUGAAAUAUUAGACGCGAUGCUGUCGUUCAUGCAUGCCCAGUACACUUUCUUCCAGCAAGGCUAUGACCUGCUUAAAGAGUUGGACCCCUACAUGAAAAAACUGGCCACAGAGCUGGAUCAGCUUGUGAUUGACUCAGCGGUAGAGAAAAGGGAAAUGGAGCAUAAGCAUGCAAUGAUCCAGCAGCGGACUCUGUUACAGGAUUUCUCAUAUGAUGAUUCUAAAGUUGAAUUCAACAUUGAUGCCCCCAAUGGUGUUGUGAUGGAAGGCUAUUUGUUCAAGAGAGCAAGCAAUGCAUUUAAGACGUGGAACAGGAGGUGGUUUUCAAUACAAAACAGUCAGCUUGUGUAUCAGAAGAAGAUGAAGGAUGCACUAACGGUUGUGGUCGAUGACUUGCGACUUUGUUCUGUCAAGCCCUGCGAGGACAUCGAGAGGAGAUUUUGUUUUGAAGUUGUUUCACCAAAUAAGAGCUGUAUGCUGCAGGCAGACUCUGAAAAGUUACGACUGGCCUGGAUUCAGGCUGUGCAGGCCAGCAUUGCCACUGCGUACAGAGAAAGCCCCGACAACAACUACAUCAACAGACUGGACAGAACUGCGUCGCCGUCGACGAGCAGCAUCGACUCUGCCAGCGACUCGCGGGACCGCAGCGUGAAGGGCGAGAGCAUCCUGCAGCGGGUUCAGGGUAUCGCUGGCAACGACCAGUGCUGCGACUGCGGCCAGGCUGACCCCAGGUGGGCCAGCAUCAACCUCGGAAUAACGCUGUGCAUCGAGUGCUCUGGAAUCCACCGGAGCCUCGGAGUUCAAUGUUCCAAAGUCCGAUCUCUCACGUUGGAUUCCUGGGAGCCGGAAUUACUGAAGUUGAUGUGUGAACUUGGAAACAACACCAUUAAUCAUAUCUACGAGGGACGAUGUGGGGAGCAGGGACUGAAGAAACCACAGCCAAACAGCACGAGGCAGCAGAAGGAAGCCUGGAUCAAAGCCAAAUACGUGGAGAAGAAGUUCCUCAAAAAGCUGCCAAACGCCGAAGCGCUUACGGACGCGGAAAGGAAACCGCGGCGAUGGAGCGUCAAAAAGUGCCGACGGCACAACAGCUCCACCAAAGCACCAGCGGCCCGGCGGAGGUACCGGCAGGAUACCGGUAACGUGUCACCGGCAACAUUCGCAGCCGCAGCUGCGCUGGAGAGGAAAUUUCGGAGAGAUUCGCUCUUCUGUCCCGACGAACUUGACUCGCUCUUUUCUUACUUCGACACGACAGCAGGACCUCGCAGCCCCGCAGGUCUGAGCAGCGACAGUGGACUGGGCGGGAGCACUGAUGGCAGCACCGACGUCCUGCUCUUCGGCACCGUUGUUGACAGUGUCACUGAAGAAGUGAGUGAAGUUUCGGAGGAAUCCAGCGGUGAGGCGGAGAUCGAGCCAGAGGCGUCCGACUCCGAGGAUCUCCGAGAACUGCACCCUGGGAUCCUGGUGUACAAGGCAGCACAGGCCCGCAACCUGGCGGUCAUGGCUGAGGCUCUGGCCCACGGGGCCGAUGUCAACUGGGUCAACGAGGAGGACGAAAACAAAACCCCACUGAUACAAGCAGUCAUUGGGGGCUCUCUUGUCGCUUGUGAAUUUCUACUGCAGAAUGGUGCUGAUGUGAAUCAAAAAGACGUUCGUGAGCGGGGCCCGAUUCACCAUGCUACCUACCUGGGACACACUGGCCAGGUAUGUCUCUUUCUCAAGCGAGGAGCCAAUCAGAACGCAGUGGACGAUGAUGGACAGGAUCCGCUCAGCAUUGCUGUUCAAGCUGCCAAUGCAGACAUUGUGACACUGCUGCGAUUGGCAAGGAUGAACGAAGAGAUGCGGGAGACGGAAGGAUCUUUUGGGCAGCCAGGUGAUGAGACAUAUCAUGAUAUUUUUAGGGAGUUUUCGCACAUGGCAUCCAACAAUCCCGAGAAGCUCAACAGGCGAAGUUUCCAGUUCAGCCAUUCCUGCAGGUAACAUACGAAGAUGUUCCUCGAGGCCUUAGCCGUGUGUUCAGGAGAAUCGGGCCACAGCCAGUCGACCAUGAGGAGAGGCUGUGAACUUCCAGAAUCCUGACCGAAGUUUUGAUACACUUCCGCCUCCAGGGGGCAGUCAAAAUACUUGACAAUUCUGAUAUUUGUCAUCAGAUGCAGACUGAGUUGUAGUUUCCAAGUACAAACUUGAAAUAUUUGUUUUAAAUCAGCUACCACCACUCGUGCUUCAGAGAAAACAUCAGUUGAGGAGGAAAAUGCUUAUCUUUCUGAUCACUAUCUAACAACUCCCUUUUACAACUUUUGUCUUUUAUUGCCAGCUGACAUUGUAUGGGGAUUGAUUAUUUUUAAACAUCUAAUUGAAACGUCACUCUCAAAACUCCUUAAGUAUUAUCUGGGUCCAAGAUUCACACCAUCCUAUCACUCUCAGAACCUCCACUAUACACUCCCUCACCAGGGGUAUCUUGCACAAGGGUGACUCGGAAGAGGGACAAGCAGUCGACGUAGAUAGAUCUGGCAUUCACACGUCCAGCCUGCCGUCCAGUCAUGAAAAUGGCCAGCUUGCCUGGGAUGAACUUGUUCAUUGAUUAACUUGUGCCAGAAAUUUCUCACAUUCCAUUCAUCUCUUAAACAUGACAAUAAAACAAAAUUAGGCUGCUGUCUAUUGAAUCAGAUCCCAGGACAGCCCUGCUAGCACACUUGAGAGAAAAGCCUUCAUUUAAAUAACAGAAUAUUCCAGUACUCUAUAUUUUAUAGAACUAAUUUUUCAUUCUGUUUCAGUCCAAGAGUAGACAUUGUGGACCUAUGAGAAUAAAAAUGUGUCAUGAUGCCAAGUUGCUGGCAAUAUACAUGUGAUUUUAUAUCAAUUAUUUUCUAAUUAAAAAAACACUUUGGUAAUUGGCCAAUACCAUAUGAAGGUUAUGAUACCUUGAGUAAUCACUUUAUGCAACCUUAAUAUAUGUAGAGGCUGUUACAUUUAAAUAUGGUUGUCAUCUUAAAUUGUUUUCAACUUGUGGGUAAAGAUCUUACUCCAUCUUUUUCCUUUGCCACACCAUACUUCUCUUUAUGUUGUCUGUUUUUAGAACCUCCAUUCGUUCUAAUGAGAUCAGAUAGAUGACGUACGCAUCAACUCUAGUACAUCCUCUAUUCUACCCUUCUUAACUAAAGCACCAAGUUUACGAAGUAGACAACUCCUUCUGCCUCUGCUGGUAACUUACGUUGGUCAAAGGCAAACCAAAUUUUCGACUAGUUGAAAGAUGUGUAACAUGUGGCACCAGCUAUUAAUCAUAGCACCUCCUAAUUAUUUGAUGGAUAUUUCCCCUUCCUGACCACCCUUUCCAUGGAAUCUCACUGAAAGGUAGCAUAGGUCUGGCGUCCUUCACGAACUUAUAUUCAUGCAACUACCAAGCAUUAGGCAGUUGGAUGUAGAUUAUUGAGCUCAAUUUUGGUGUGUCAGUGCUUUCAGAAGAGAGGGAGAAAUUUAGGAAGGGAGGGAGUGAAAGAGCAGAAGUAAAAGUAAAAGCAUUUAAGCAUUGCUCAUGUUUGAGGAACAGUUGCUCAGCACUUUCUGUUGAGAGGAUCAGUUUCCAAAACAUUAUUUAUUACAAGCUAGUUUGUAAGAGACUGGUACUGCUCAUUUCUAAGCUUGUUGAAGCAUGAGAUGAUGCACUUUGUGUACUUGCUUUGUGUAAUAAAAAAGAUUGUAUGUUCAGACUAUACAGGUAUAGUCUUCAAAGUUUGCCACUUAUAAAAUCAACCCUUGUAUAUAAUGUACAUGUAGGUCAGGGAGUAAGAAGUAAUAUAUCACUCAAGUAUAUUUUUAAUAAACUCGUGUGGAGUAUAAACACCAGCAUGGAGCUAUUGGGUCCAAUGGCCUACAGCCUUACUGUAAAAUUCAAUGUUAUUCUAUGUAAAAAAAAAUAUCAAACUGUUGCAACAAUUAUGUUGAAUAUAAACAUAAAUAUAAAUAAAACC